UUAAGGUACUUCUCCAGCAUGGCAUUCUAUGGUUCUGUCAUGUUUACUUCUUUAAAAAUGGAGGAUCACUUAUUUCUGUUUAAGAUUUCAUCUGCUUUGUGUGUCCACUUCUUAAAAAGAAAGUAGUUUUUCUGCUUUUUCAAGCCUUAGAAUUGUUAAGUAACGAAACAGAACUGAGCUAAGUAAUCCUUUUUCCCCAUCCUUUCCCUUCUGCAGUAUAGAUCCCCUAGCUACAAAACUACAGUCCAACAGAGGUAAAGGGUGAAACCAUUAAUUGUUUUUUCUCUGUAAAUUUGCAUUUAGCAAAAGGUGACUUGCAAGUGUGUUAGAACUGACUCUUAAGAUGGGAGAGGCUAACAUGCUGUGUAUCUCAUUUAUAAUCCCUUCAGUAAUCCUAAUCCAGGUUCAGGCCUGUAGCCUUUCUUAAGGAUCACAUGAGAGAGGAUUCUUUAAGGCAGUAAUUAAGUCGAGGGGUCCACACCUCUUCUGGGCUGCACAUGUACGAAGACAUGGCCUGUCCUGCUGCGUGCCCAAGGGAGCACCUCACUUGAUUGCAUUCUGAGGAGUUUCUGCAUCUGUAAUCAAACCAAUCGCUUCAAAGAUCAUUCAUAUCUUUGAGUACAGAAUAGAACAAAAAUCUACCAAGCGGAGAGCUUCUAUUGUGUUUAUCUCAACAAAUCCCUAACUUAGGAAUUGGCAAGGUAAGUUGCAUUUUUCGUUUUAUUUUUGUGACAGGGUGUUAUGUCCAGCACCCGUAGUUUGAGGUGAAAUAUCCUUUUUAUAUACUGAGCUGUAUACAAGCUUCACCAUCUCCUUUCCAGCUACAAGAUGUGCUGAGUCCAAUGUACACAUGGGCCAUACAUAAGUAUUUACUCCUAGGGGCAAGGCAGGAUUAUCACUUUCCCUAGUGCUACCUGAGAUUUGCUUUCUUGAGAGAAGUAUUUGGUUAUUUUAUCAAUUAAUCUGUAGCUCUUAAAACUGUUGCUGUUUUCUUUCAGUGAAACUUUCCUUCUGAUGUCUUUCAGGUUUUUCCCUGUUAAAAUCUCAGUAAGUCUGUCUUCUUGUUGCCUUCCAUGUUCUACUCAUCUGUCCCCUCAGCUGCUGGACUGUCUAUAAAAUGGGCAGAUUCUCAGCACUGUGGGACAUGUUGCAGCUGUUUUGAUUCUGACUGAAUGGUGUUUGCUGCAUCUCUCUGGUGGUUUUGGUGACACUGGGCCAGUCUGCAACACUGGAGCAUUGGUUGGAGAACAUGGGAUCUGGUAGUUCUGUAAAUGUCGAUUACAAGUACUCCCUGCAGAAGUCUGAAAAUGCUUUCAAGGCAGCUGUUUUGAUCCAGCAGUGGUAUCGGCGCUAUGUUGCUCGGCUGGAGAUGCGCCGCCGCUGCACCUGGAGAAUCUUCCAGUCCAUCGAGUAUGCCUGUGAGCAGGACCAGAUCAAGCUUCACAACUUCUUCAGUUACCUCAUGGAGCAGUUCACGCCAAGCAGCAGCAAAGAGAGGGAUUUUAUCAGUCGCAUGUUCAUAAGUGGAGAAAGCUACAAAGAGGCAGAGCUGGAAAAAUACUGUGACUAUGAAUCCAUAGAGGUGCCAGACUCUUACACUGGACCCCAUCUCUCUUUCCCACUCCUUCCUGACCAUGCAACUGCCUUGCUGGAAGCUUUCAAACAGAAACAACAGCUCCACGCUCGAUAUGUCUUAAACCUUCUGCAUGAGACCAGGAAGCACCUCAAGCAGCUGCCAAACAUCAGCCACGUCUCCACCUGCUACAGCGAGGAGGUCACUGUGUGUGGAGACUUGCACGGCCAGCUGGAUGACUUGUUCCUCAUAUUUUAUAAGAAUGGCCUUCCUUCCCCUUCCAAGUCCUACGUGUUCAACGGAGACUUUGUAGACAGAGGCAAACAGUCCCUUGAGGUCCUCAUCAUCCUCUUUACCUUCCUGUUGAUCUAUCCAAAGGAGGUUCACCUCAACCGUGGGAACCAUGAGGACCACAUGGUCAACUUACGCUAUGGCUUCACCAAGGAAGUGAUGCAGAAAUACAAGGUGCAUGGGAAGAAAAUCUUAAGGAUGUUCCAAAAUGUCUUCUGCUGGCUGCCCCUGGCCACCCUGAUUGAUCAGAAAGUCCUUAUUCUACACGGGGGCAUCUCUGACACCACUGACCUGGACAUGCUUGAGAAAAUUCAAAGGGACAAAUUUAUUUCUGUAUUAAGAAUGAAGAAAAGGAAGGAGUCCAAUAGAAAAGUGGAAAUGCGGGACAUAAACGGGGAGAGCAAAUCAGAGGCUGAUGCAGCAGGGAACGAGGCAGCUCCCAGGCUAUCUCUGCAGCCCCAGCCAGCCCAGGCUCCCAGCACGGCCAACAGGCUGGAGUUCUCCAGGUGGAUCCGGCAGACGGUGCAGGAGCAAAUCGACACGUGCCGCCGGCUGGUGGACAUCAGCGAGUCGGAGCCAGAGGAGCUCACCUACUCCAGCACGGUCUCCCUGAAGUAUGGGGAUGAGCCGUGCCAGCCUCAUCAGGAGGAGUGGCAGCAGAUCUUAGACAUUCUCUGGAGUGACCCCAUGCCUCAGGAGGGCUGCAGAGCAAACAAGGUGCGAGGUGGCGGCUGCUACUUUGGGCCUGAUGUGACAGAGAAGAUCCUUGAGAAGUACAACUUGCAGUUCCUUAUCCGCUCCCAUGAGUGCAAGCAAGAAGGCUACGAGUUCUGUCACAGGCGGAAGGUGCUGACCAUAUUUUCAGCCUCAAACUACUAUGAGAUUGGCAGCAACAGGGGAGCCUAUGUGAAGCUGGGACCAGACCUCGUCCCUCACUUUGUUCAGUACCAAGCAAACAAGUCGGCCCAUAUGCUCACUAUGACCCAAAGAAUCAGCAGAGUAGAGGAAUCUGCCUUCCGAGCCCUGCGGGAGAAGCUCUUUGCUCACACCUCUGCCCUCAUCAGUGCGUUCAAGGCCUACGAUGAGGACAACACAGGAAGGAUCACACUGAGCAACUGGGCAACAGCAGUGGAGUCAGUCCUGCGCCUGGGCCUGCCCUGGCGAAUGCUGAGACCGCAGCUGGUGCGCAGCACGGAGGAUGGCAUGCUGGAGUACAAAUCCUGGCUGGAUGACCUGGCCAUGGAGCAGCGGAGCCAAGAGCACAUCCAGUCAAGCCUGCUGGAAGUCAUUUACCGGAACAGAUCCAACUUGGAGACAAUAUUCAGGAUCAUAGACAAGGACCAUUCAGGUCUUAUCUCGUUUGAAGAAUUCCAGCAGACCUGGAAGCUGUUCAGCUCCCACAUGAACAUUGAGCUCACGGAUGAUGGCAUCAAUGACUUGGUUCGCAGCAUCGAUUUCAAUAAGGAUGGGAACAUUGACUUCAACGAGUUCCUGGAGGCCUUCCGCCUUGUCAGGCAGUGCCAGGCGUGAGAGCCCGCAGGAGGCUGUCAUGUCCAAUGCCUUCAUGUCUGAGCAGCCGGGACCGUGUCCCACCCAACUGCAGAG